AACAAACAACCGAAUUCAAACUGUUAUAUAUGCAGAGUUGGCAUUAUUGACUUCCAAAUGUAUUCUACAUCAGCUUCCUGAUUUUUAUUUUUUUUUUUAAAGGAACAUCCUUUCGCGUUUCUUGUACAGACGGAAUGACUUUACGGUUGCACAGCUUCUUUUCCAUUGGUGCCCGUUUGUUUACUUCAAAACAAGAGGCGGAAACGAGGAUUGAAACGACAUCGUAAGCAUGGAGGCAGAACUGGAGUUUUUGCGUGAUCAAGUCCGCAGGCUAAAUUCUGCUCUCAGCCAGUAUCAAUAUGGGCACGGUGCUCUGUCCACAUCUUCUCAGGUUGAGGAGGAAAGACGCACUGAGUCUCCUGUGCCCUGGAUCUCAGAUAGAGGUAUAAUGGCUCCUCUGAUAGCUGAGUAUGAUCGGCACAUGGAAGAAAUGACUGAACAGCUGCAGAGAUAUCAGACACAGAUGACAGAUGUCAAAUUGAAGUUGGAGAGGGUUGUCAAGGAAAAUGAAAGGCUUCAUGCAGAGCUGAGAGAGUCUGUUGAGAAGCAGCUUCAUGCCCUGCCCACAGCUUCAGGAGUAGAGGGCAGCACGUUGGAAGAAGAUGCGGUCAUCAAAAAUCUCCAAGAACAGGUCCAGCUGUCUGAACAGGAGCGGAUGCAGGCCAUGGAACUGUGGCAGACCACAGCCCAGGAGCUGGAUCGCCUCCAGCAGGUCUACCAGAAGACAAUCUCUGAAGGACAAAUCCAUGACUCCCAGAGACAGCAGCUCAAGGAUCAGCUUGUUCACUUUCAGCAGCACACAUACAAACUCCAAGCGGCCAAUCAGAAACUGGAAUCGACAAACCAGCAGUUCCUGAAGACAGUGACAGAGCAGAGCACGGAGAUGGAGGAGCUACACAGCCAGCUCAGGCAAGCCAAAGCUGAAUUGAGGACAGCCACAGCCAAAGUGGAUGAAAUGACCAAGCUGUUGCAGAAUCUCCAGGAACAGAUGCAGAGACGGGAAGAGGACAUGGGUGAAGCACGGGGCCGUGAACACGCAGCAGACAGACGACUGCAGCAGCUUCAGGCAGCCCUGAGCCAGCUGGAGACCAGGCUAAAAGCUGCAUCACAGGAGGCAGAGGCAGUUCGCAGAGAACAAACUGUGUGGGAGCGAAAGGUGGGGGAACUCCAGGCACGUUGCACCACUCUCGAAGAGGAGAAGUAUGAAGCCCUGUCUAAAGUUCGAGAGAGCGUUCAAGUGGCCGAAGAAGCCACAUUGCACAAAGACCAGGCCCUGUUAAGAGAGAAGCAGAAAACAGAAGAGCUGGAAAAGACAAAGGAAGCAAUCAAGCAGUUGAUCUAUGAUGCUGCAGUCCGCACCAAGAAGGAGGUGGGAAAUGUUCGCAAACAGUGCAAUGUUCAAAUCCACCGUAUGGCAGAGGAGCUGUCUGCACUGCAGCUGGAGUGUUCAGAUAAAGAGUCUCAGAUUGAAAGGUCCCUGCGAGAGAGAAAAGCUGUAGAGGAGGAGCUGGAGAAGGUAUAUAAGGAAGGCAGGGCAGAGCCAGAGUUCAGGAAGAUUGAUGCCCUUCAUCAGAGGUGUCUAGAUGCUGAGAGGCAGAGGGAAGACAUAAGUCUCACUCUGCAAAGCACGCAGAACAAACUUAAAACGAUGGAGAUGGAGUAUAGCGAGGAGCUGUCACGAUGCCAGGAAGAAGUGCGACGCCUGCAGAGCUCUCUGGCUUCAGCCCGCAAUGACUGCAUCGAUGUCAGCGAAGAGCGGCUGCAACUGCAGCAGGAGAACUUUCAGCUCCGCAAGGAGAUGGAUGAGUUGCGCAAAGCCACCCUGCAAGUCCAGAAUAAGGCCAAGCAACAGGUAUCUAAGUUGGAGCAAGAGUACAGCUUAAAGGAGCAAGAACUGGAUGCACGAGUGAGGGAGCUGGAGGAAAGCAGUCGAAGUUCUAGCGCUGAUCUCACUCGACUUCUUACAGCUCAGCAGAAAAGUACACAGCGAUGGAAGGAAGAGGCCAAGAACCUGGUCCAUGCAUUUGAGACUAAAAUCACGACCCUUAAGGCUGAGCUGAAUCGACAGAAGCAGCGUUCACGUGAGCUGGAGGCGCAGCUUCAAACUGACCAUGACACAAUUUCUGAGUAUGAGAAGCAGCUAGCGGAGUAUCAAGAGAAGACUAGUCGUCUCCAGAGACGGCUGACGCAAGCGGAACAAAGGGCAACUACUGCUUCACAGCAGCUGAAUAGGUUGCAAUCUCAGCGAAGAAAAACAGCCUCGGUGGAUCUAGAGCAUGUCUAAUGUGGCACAAGAAAGCACUGCUUUCAUGUUUUCCAUUCUUUUUGUGUACCAAUGCUAUAUGAAAAAUGAAUUUUUCAUUUUGUUAUAAAAAAUAAAACUAAU